AACGCCUUGUAGAGCCUCGUUCGAGAUGAUCAAUAUCGCCGCAUGCGAUCGCAGUGCAAAUAUUCUUAGCAACAGUAUAACAUAUAACAUAUACGGUAGUUUUAAAGACAAAGUACCUGUUGAACAAUUUUGAAACUGGCCAACCGAAUUUCGCAGAAUGAUUUAUCUUCAGAUAAAUUACAAGCAUAUGUUUUAAUAUUAUAUAUUAUAAAAUGGAAAUUGAUCAUUUUAAAAAAAUGGAAAUUUUUACGGUGAAAUCUCUUUAAAAUUUUCCUACUGCGCAAUAAUAAUUUAUUCUUAGAUUGCUCGAGAAUUAGCGUAGUUAUCUUUUUUUAAAAUGUAUAAUUGCGAUUAUCAAUUAUGUGAAGACAUGGAUCAAAUUGGCGAACAGCCGAUGGAAAAUUUGACCGGGUUUAAUUUCCUUUUGGGAUUAACGGAAAUUGUUGGACUAAUUUUAAUUAUUUUUAUGAUUGUUUGGACGAAGAAUUUCCGGGGUGGGUUCGCCUGGACGGAGAACCCUGCUCUGGAAUUUAACUGGCAUCCUUUAUUGAUGACUAUUGGAUUGGUAUUUUUGUAUGGAAAUGGUAUGUUAAUAUACAGAUCACGCCGAACUGUCCGCAAAAGAAGACUGAAGUUAUUGCACGCUGGAAUAAUGAUUUUUUCCUUCGUGUUAACUGUGAUAGCAUUGAUCGCCGCUUUUGAUAGUCAUAAUUUGAAAAAUCCUCCAAUUCCUAAUAUGUAUACUUUGCACAGUUGGGUUGGACUUACCAGCGUUAUUUUAUUCGCUUGCCAAUGGCUAGCAGGAUUCAUCUCCUUCCUAUUCCCAGGAUUACACGUUUCAAUUCGCGCAUCAUACUUACCAAUCCACGUUUACUUCGGAACCGCGGGAUUUGUCGGAGUAAUAGCUUCUUGCUUAUUAGGACUGAACGAAAAGGCGAUUUGGGUACUGAGGGAUAAAUAUGCGCUGUUUGUAGCAGAAGGAGUUAUAAUGAACGUUAUGGGCUUUCUAUUUAUCAUCUUCGGAGGACUAACAGUGUACUUAGUUUCUCAUCAAGGCUACAAGCGGCUUCCGAGGUCCGAGGACGAUAUUUUACUGACUGGUCGGCAGUAAAAUUCUUUUUUUUAACUGCAUUAGUUAAAUUUAGUAGAUCUUCCGCUUACUUUUGCGUCCUAAUAAAUAUAAUAAGUAUUAUAAUAAAUUUGGUGCUUGUACUUUUACCAAAAAA